GAUAUGCGUAUUCGAAGGAAUUAUUGACGGUUAUAUUCGCGAACUCAUGGAUACCCAAUCCGACUCAUUGUCAUUCCUAUACGUUGAAUUCAAUGACCAAUGUUUACUGUCCUUCAGAAGUCGGGGGAGUGCCACCAAUGGUGUAUUUGAUAUUGAGCACAUCAACGUGCUCUACUACUCCUAUCAUAUAUAACAAACACUCCUAAUUAGUAAAGUUGAGUUAAUCAGAGAAACCAAAGAACGAGAAACAUGAUACCAUGGCCUUCUGAAAAGUGAAAACCAAAAGUGAUAAACGCGUGAAUCCAUGUUGUAUUAUUAUUAUUAUUAUUGCAAUGAUAGCAUUAGCACUCUCUAAAUAUAAACAUUGCAUUUGCUUGCAUGGGUCUGGCUGGAAUCCAACGUUCCUCUUUCCAUUAUUAGAAAUUAAAACGAGAACGAGGUAAUUUGAUUUUGUUAAAUGAAAUAUUAAUUCAUGUUGGCCUCCAAUAAAAUUUUCACAGCGCACUUGUGAAAAGGUACAAGGAAUAAUAGGGUAAAUGCCACAUUUGGUCACUGAGAAUACUAAAUCGUGUCAUGUUUAGUCACUAGAAAAAUUUAAUAUCAAUUUUUGUCUCUCGAAGUACUAGAACAUGUCACAUUUAGUCACUCUCCCGUUAGUUUUCGUCCAACUUCAUUAAUUGAGUUAGACGAAAACUAAUGGGAGAAUGACUAAAUGUGACAUGUUUCAGUAAUUCGAGUGACUAAAUGUCACAUGUUUCAGUAAUUCUAGUGACUGGAGUUGGACGGAGGCUAACGGGAGAGUGACUAAAUGUGACAUGUUCUAGUAAUUAGAGUGACCAACAUUGAUAUUAAAAUUUUCUAGUGACUAAACAUGACACGAUUUAGUAAUCUUAGUGACCAAAUGUGGCAUUUACCGAGGAAUAAUAAUAGGGAAUUACGGCUUCAUCUGCAUGAGGAAUUUGGUAGCAAAAAGCAAAACCGCGAGACAUUUGAAAAUCGACUCAUCCUCCAAAUGAUUAGAUUUUUCUAGUCAUUUGCAAAUGAGUCGAUUUUUCAUCCCUAAUUUUCAAUCUUAAUUCUCCUAUUUUUUUUCAUAUACCCAAUGCUAACUCUUAUCCAUCUCAUCUUCGUAAACCAAAUACUUUACAAUUAUUUUAGAACCGUAUUUUUCAGUUAUUUCCAUUAAAAAUAUUCAUUUAUUCCUAGAAAAGUAAUCAUUACUAAUGUGAAAAUUCACUAGAGAUUUGUGAGGAAUGAUUGAGUUGAAAAUUCAGAAAAUAAUUUGACUCAAUUUGACUUAUCUGGGAUUCCAAUAGAGAGACGUCGGAAAGUUUCUCCAAAAAAAAAAAAGACGUCGGAAAGGCAGGACAAAAAUUCGAAAAUAAGAAAAAAACUGUAAUGCCGGGAAAACCCCGGAAAAAGAUCAUCGUUUACCCAUGGACUCCGAAGGAGAAAAAGGGAAAUUCCCUACUUAAAGUGCCGUUUGGUAAAUCGGAAAAUUAAUUUCGUUCAGAAAACGAAGGUGAAAAAGACGUCCCACUGCCACCGAUUUAUAAUUACCACUCACCUCCCGCCACCACAGUCCCAAUCGACAGUCGACACCUGUCUCCUCCGCUGCCGCGCCGCCGCGCCCCACACCGCCGUUUCCCAUUUCCCACCCAAACACGCCCUAUAUAUACAUUAUACUCGCUUCACCUCCCUCUUUCUCACCCUAACCCAUUUUCUCAGCAGCCACUCGCUCUCUUCCUCUCCCCCAUUUCUUCUCUCUGUCUCUCUCUGCGCUGCCUGCUACAAUGGCGUCUUCGUCUUACCUCGCUUUCUUCCUCCUCUCCGUUCUACUCUCCGUCACAGCCGCCAAUGCGGCCCACCACCAGGCCGCCGCCGCUCCGGCCCCCGCCGCCGAUUGCUCUACCGUGGUUUUGGCCCUCAGCGACUGCCUGACCUUCGUGCUCAACGGGAGCACCACCACCAAGCCGGAGGGAACUUGCUGCUCCGGGCUGGAGACCGUGCUGAACACCAACGCCGACUGCCUCUGCCAGACAUUCAAGAGCAGCGGCGAGAUGGGGAUCGCGCUCAACGUCACCAAAGCCCUCACCCUGCCUUCCGCUUGCAAGCUCAAAACUCCCCCUAUGUCCAGCUGCCAGCUGUCCAUGGCUCCCGCUGGCUCCCCUGUGGUUGCUGGAGGAUCAACUGCAGUGCCACCAAGCGAGAUGACAGAAGCAGCUCCGGCUCCAUCCCCUGUUGGUGGCGCCCCGCUUUCCAACUCUGCUCAUGCUGCUGUUUCCGGCAUCUUCUCAGCCGGAUCUCUUGCGGCGGCACUCGCAGUUGCUUCAUUCUGCUAGUGACUUCGUUAUAUAUUGACGUAUCAUAUAAUAUUAGAUCGCCUACAUUGUAGUAAGUUGUGAGGGUUUCUGAUUUGGCACAUUAUGUAUUGGAGGAGGAGAUUGGGUUGCGGCUGAAUUUGUUUUUUUUUUGGUUCCUAAUGAGAUUAUUACUUAUUGCGACUGGUAGUAGUUGACUCCCAUCGUUCUGGUUUUUCCUUCUUUGUGCAAUUUGGGUGGUGUUGUGAAUUUGUGAUCUUGAUUGGCUUCAUUUCAUUUGUGGAUGGUUGGGUUUGUCGCGGAAGUGAAUGAUGAAAACGGGAAAUGUGGACUCCCCAACAGCCAUUGUUGCAAUUCUGCGCAGGGCUUUCUAAGGUUUGCCUAAUAAGUCAAAAAAGAGUGCUUGAUCGUUCUCUAGUGUGCUUGCCUUUGUUCGUCCUUUUCACAUUAAGCUUUCUAGCUAGCAUGCCUAAUCGAGUGGGGUGGCCGGGUGGGACACUUCAGAUUGGAGUGGUUUAACUGUUUAUGUGGUUACCACGACUCACUUCCUAGUUUAGGCAUCAUCUCUCUAUGCACGAGUUCUGAAUAGAACACCAGUCAGUGAUAGGCACAGAAGUGUUUGUUUCGACUUUCAAGUUUAGAUUUGUUAAUGAGUGCAUGAGCUCUUCUCGAGUUUAGUUGAACAAUCCAGAUGGAGUUCAACUUGUUUAUUACGACUAGUUGAAUCCUACCCUAAAUUCUAGAAUCCAUAAAUUAAUUACCUCAAUAUUUGUAUGCCAUACAUGUGAUAAAAUAUGCAAAAAGAAAACAAUUCAAAACAAGAAAAAAAUAUUCAAAUUUAUAUGACAUCAUUCGUUAUAUUUAGUUCGUAAAUCUUAACUAGCUCAUAUAAUAUUAUUUCAUAAUAAUAAUUAAUUAAUAUCGAUAUGAUAAAAAAUACAUAUUUUUGAACUUACAAAGGACAUAUAUGCUUACAUAUUCAAAAUAUGAUUUAUGCAAAAAAAAAAAAGGUCUUAAUAUGGUAUAGGGUGGACACAUAUAAUUUAACAACCAAUGAAUAAUUAAGAAGUAAGCUCAUAUGAUAUUGAUCGAUUCCCUCGUAAGUCGGUAAUAGCUAUUGAGACAUUUUCUAAGCUCAAAACAAGGCAACUUACAAGUUGGUCUCAACAAGCCAUCGUGUCAAACUGGCUUACGAUUGUAGCAAGUUGAGCAAAGACUUGGCUCAAUCUUGGCUCGUAAGUCAACCAAUCGAGGUCGAAUGAGUUUUUCUAACCCGAACGUCGAGCCGCUCUUGAUUAGCUCAGCUUAUUUGCAACCUUAAUAAUACAUGCACAUUACUACCAUUGUACUUUUAAUGGUUACUCUAGGUGACACUAAAAUAACUUGUCUAAG